GGGCAGGUCACGUGGUCGUGGUUUAACGUUACUGAAAUGAGAGACGAAGAAGAAGAAGAGGAGCGAACAAGGUGAUUCGUGGGCUCACUGCGUGUUCAUACCAGGUUUGCAUUCUGACCCGCAAGCCAAUGUAAGUCGUGUUGAGUGACUGCGUGUGAAAGGGACCAUCACCAUCCUCAUGUCCUAUGGAGGAGGCUUUAACGGACGCACUGAGCGUGUCCGCCAGGCGCCACACUAUGACCAGGUCCCUCAGGGCUCCUUACGCCGAGCAGACUCCUACGACCUAGAGCCUCUGAGCGAGCAGAGAGCGGCUCCCCUCGCGCUCAGCGCUGACCCCCUGCCUCCCCCGCCUCUGCCCGACCAGCCUCCCGUGGGCCUGGAGUUCGACCUCAGCGGCAGCGAGUCCAAUGCGGAGGCCGACCCUGACCCCGCCCUCGACAUUAAACCCGUGCACCGCUUCAUCCCGGACUCCUGGAAGAACUUCUUUAGAGGGAGUAACCGCAGCAGCAACAAGCCCUGGCCCAUGUCGGACUCCUCGUGCAACAACAACAACAGUACCAGCGACGGCGUCCGCUGCUCUCCCCCGCACUCCCCCUCGGUUCCUGGGUCGUACCGGGAUCCUUAUGGAGGCUCAGGCGGCAGCUACAACUCAGGCAAAGAGCUUCUGGAGCUACGGGAGUCCGUAUCCAGACGCACUCAUCACACCGGUCUGACCUACAGUGAGCGGGUGGAGGAGUACCAUCUGCGCUACGCCUACAUGAAGUCGUGGGCGGGGCUGCUGAGGAUUCUGGGCUGCGUGGAGCUCCUGCUGGGAGCCGCCGUGUUCGCCUGCGUCUGCGCCUACAUCCACAAAGACAACGAGUGGUUCAACAUGUUCGGGUACUCGUCUCCCGGAGGGGCGUACGGAGGAGGGCUUUACGGUUCAGGGACAGGAGGGUCGUACUACUCCGGCCCGAAGACCCCGUUUGUGUUGGUGGUGGCGGGGCUGGCCUGGCUGGUGACUGUGAUCGUGUUGGUGCUCGGGAUGACCAUGUACUACCGCACCAUCCUGCUCGACUCCAACUGGUGGCCGCUGACGGAGUUCAUCAUCAACCUGGCGCUGGCUGUGCUCUACAUGGCAGCAGGCAUUGUUUACGUCCGUGACACAACCCGUGGAGGGCUCUGCUCCUACCCGGUCUUCAACAACGGCAUCAACGGGGCGUUCUGCAGAACAGAGGCCGGCCAGACCGCAGCCAUCAUCUUCCUGUUUGUCACACUGGUCGUGUAUCUGAUCGGAGCCGCCGUGUGUCUGAAGCUGUGGAGGCAUGAAGCUAAUCGCAGAUACCGGGAGAAGUACGGCCAGGAGAUGGAUCCCUCUGAGAGGAGAGCUGCACGAUCAUUGCAGAUGAUUCCAGUUUCAGGUCCUGCACCCAGAGCUCCUGAGCAGGUCCAGGGCUCCUCAGUGGUUCCAAUCCAGGCUGCUCCCAAAGCUGUCCCACCAAAAGUUCUGCAGGGAGCGAUACCAUCGGGACACAUCCCAAAACCUGUGAUACUGCCGGACUACAUCAGUAAGUACCCGUCGAUCCGGUCUGUAGAGGAGCGGGAUCAGUACCGAGCCGUGUUCAACGACCAGUACGCAGAGUACAAGGAGAUCCACGCAGACGUGCAGGUGACGCUCAAGAAGUUUGACGAGAUGGACGCCAUGAUGCGCAGUCUGCCGCAGAACCCCACCAGCCAGAUGGAGGUUGAUCGCAUUCACAGAAUUCUUCAGGAAUACCAGAGGAAGAAGAAUGACCCGACUUUCCUGGAGAAGAAGGAGCGCUGCGAGUACCUUAAGAACAAACUGUCGCACAUCAAACAGAAGAUCCAAGAGUACGAUAAAGUCAUGGAGUGGAAAGACGGAUACAGCUGAGCUUAAAAACCUCUGUAGGAGUCAGAACGCUGGAAAAACCACAGACCACAAAUAACAGAACUCACGUAGACGGCUGACGACUUGUGGUGGUGAAAAUGACAUUUUAACUGGAGAGGGAAACUCGGGGCAGGACCACAAGAACAUGACUGGGAUUUUUUUUUUUAAACCGCUCUUUCUCUUGAAUCUGUCUGAGAGCAAACGUCUGUCAGCAGUUUUUUGUUUGUCUGCUUCUGCCUAACAAACACUAGAUUGUGGAAUUUUUUUAUACUUUCACAUUUUAGGAAAUGCACUCGUUCUGUUUUUUUGGUGCAGUUAUGAAAAAAAAAUCUCUACCACUCACUCAAAUGUCUGAGGGAUGAAGCAGCUGAUUAGCAAGUUAGCUUAGUUUAGCACAUCUUCUAAACGGGGGGGAAAAUGGCCAACUUCAAGAACUCUAGUCCGCCUAUGAGCACCUGUAAGUUUACACCCAUCAUUAUUGUUCGCACUUCUGCAGUGUUUUUUAAAUCACUUAAACUUUUCAUUAUUACACACUAAUAUUUCAGCACAUUUGCAAUUUGAACACUAUCAGCCUAUCCAGACUGCCGGUUCAAGGUGUGAGAUUUACGCCCUCUGUGACGACUCGCCUUUUAAUAUUAUUGUCACAGAUGGCAUAAUGGGGGGGGGUGACAAAGUAAUCCCACCUCUGUACCACCAUCGGAGGUAGUAACAGGGGCGAGAUGCCGUCAGUAGAGCCAGCGAGGGAUAACAGCGCUGUGUUUGUGUGCAUGUCUGAGUGUGUGUGUGUGGAGCUCCUGCUGUUUCUUUACACGUCCUAACACAGACUGAGACACAAAUAUCACACCGUGUCAGAAUCAGUAUGAAAGUACUAAGGUGUAAUGACAGUGGAGUUUCAUUACUGCCUUUUGCAAUCACAACAUGCAAAAUGCAGACUCCAUUUUUUUCUGCUGUGUUUCAAACUUGUGUUACUUUCAGUUUGUUUUUUUUGCACCUUGAUGCUGAUCCAAACAAAGAACUCUGCGGUCUUCACCUUCACCCCUUCAGGUCAAACAAAGUCUAGAAAUGCACAUACAUGUUUGGCUCAUGUUUGAUUUGUAUUUCGAUUUUUUGUAUUUCAACUUUUUAAGUUAGUCGCGCUGAUAUGAGCAAUCCACAACCAUCAGCUGUUUUCACACUUACAAAACAAAUCACCUCGCUUACAGUGUGCACAAACAUUAAAAAUAAGCUGCAGAGACCAAAAACUGUUUUUUUCCAGCAGGCUGUUAAUAUGUUUAUUUCUGCUGUAAAAGAGGGCAUUUUAAUAUGGGACCUAACUGGGAUUCCUUCACUUUCAGAGGCAGCCUCUAGUGGACACUCGAGGAACUGCAUUUUGUGUUGCACUUCUAUAUUGUACUCAUUUUUCAGCACGGAGAGGUUGACGCUCCACCAAGGCUUACUAACUCCCGUCUGUAGCUUUCAGAGUGGUACUGAUUUUUUCAUCUUAACGAACAGGUGCAUUUCCCAGAAUGUGUCACUUUUGCUUUUGUUUUAAACGGUCUAUAAAUAUGCAAAGAACUCAAAGAAUAUGCUGUAUAUGUGUGAUACUGUGACUCUCCUGCUUUAUUUCACUAAUGACACUGGUAUCCGAUGUGAAUGUUUGACAGAAAUCACUGGGAGAUUUUAAUUCAGAGGAGACGCUUCGGGGAUAACUUCUGAAAAUGUUUACCUCCGCUUAAACUCCAAAAGAAACUUCACUUUCUGUCAGGCUUGUCUGCAUGAAUUUCAAAACAAAAAACACUACGUACCUAAAAAAUCUAGCUCUUUUCUUCAACUGCUGUGAUAACUGUCUCGACUGUUUUAAUUGCACAUUCUCUUUUUUAUGCAUGUCUUUGUAGUAGAAUUUAAAUGUAUGUUAUGUGUGUGUGCUGUAACUUUUUGUCCGACAAUUUCAUAGAUUAAAGAUUUUCUACUUUACAGACACUUACAUUUCCUAAGUGCCCAAAUAUCUCCCUUUUUUUUCCAAACACGUUGGACCUCGAGAUUGAAUUGAAAAUUACAUUUAAAGUUCAAUUUUCCUGUAACUUUAUCAAGUGUAAAUGUAAAUAUUCUGCUGUAAAUGUCCGUUUUCUUUCAUAAUUUAAGUGAUCUUUUGGUGUUUUUUUUUGUCUUCUCAAUACAGUUUUACUUCUGCAUUAAA